GAAUCGCCUGCUCCCACGCUAAUGGGAAGCAGAUUAGGUGACACAUGAGAGCAGCCCUGGCUGCCAACUGCUUUCUGUUUUGAGGGCCAGGGAAAGAGUUCGAGGAGGAAAAACAAGCGUCCCCGGGUCCUCCUCCCAAAUAAAUCCCUAUUAAUGUGUUUACGGCGGCAACGGGCUCGUUGCAAAAGUGGCUGGAAGAGGAUAUUUGCGGCGGUAACGCAGGAAAGCCUCGGGGAAGGGCCCAGGUGGAGCAUCCGGACCCCCCGCGCCAUGGCUUCGUCCGAGCUGCCCCCUCACCCCGCAGUAGGUGACCAUCUUGCCCCAGAGACCCCCAGCCCCCUGCCUCAGGGGGAGGAGGACCUUGGCGAAGCCUUUGACUUUGAGGACAGCGAGGAAGAGGAGGAGGAGGAAGAAGACUCGGUGGCCGAGCCGAGCGGUGAAGUGGUCCUCCGGGCACCCCCUUGCAGGCGACGUGCUGCCAGCUCCAGCGUCGAUGGGCUGGUGCCAGAGACCCAGGAAGGGCUGCCAGCGGGGGUGAGCAAUGGGGAGGCUGGUGGAGAGCCCCACAUCAGUGCCCAGACCUGGAAGAGGAAAAGCGGCCGCCGAGGUGAGCGCUUCGAGUUCCCGGCGGUGGAGGACGAUGUGAUCUAUGACGAUGUCCCCUGUGAAAACCUUGACGCCGAGCAGGACGGCCCGGGGACGGAGCGCAGCCUGAUCUAUGAGGAGGUGCAGCGCGGCGAGGGGCCGCGGGCGGGCGAGGAUUUGGGCUGGAGCUCCAGCGAAUUCGAGAGCUACAGCGAGGAUUCAGGCGAGGAAACCAAGCCAGAGGCCGAGCCGGCCAAGCAGCGGGCAUCCUUCCAGCCCAAGCUUUCUCCAGACCUGAAUAGACUAAAGGAGAGAUACGCCAGGACUAAGAGGGACAUCCUGGCUUUAAGAGUUGGGGGGAGAGACAUGCAGGAGCUGAAGCAGAAGUACGAUUGGAAGAUGACCCAGCUGAUGAAAGCAGCCAAAAGCGGCACCAAGGAUGGUUUGGAGAAGACCAAGAUCGCGGUGAUGAGGAAGGUGACGUUCCUGCACCGGAAAGAAGCACCAGGGGACUCGGAGGAGGAGGACACGGGUUUCCUGGAGGUCACCGUCUCCGACAUGAAGCACCCGCCGCCGGAGCUGGGCCCCAUGCCCGAGGGGCUGAGCCCGCAGCAGGUCGGUGCGGGGCGGCUUAGGGGGAUACUGAUGCACCGGCAUCUCCCACAGGAUUACAGGAACCCGCUGAUGGAGAUGGAGCCGAAGGUGCUGAGCGCUAGGAAGUGCCAGGUGGUGUUUUUUCGUCUGAAGGAGAUCCUGCAGUGCCACUCCAUGUUCCAGAUCGCCCUCGCCUCCCGCGUGGCCGAGUGGGACUCGGCGGAGAAGAUCGGGGACCUCUUCGUGGCCUCGUUCUCCAAGUCGAUGGUGCUGGACGUCUACAGCGACUACGUCAACAACUUCACCACUGCCAUGUCCCUUAUCAAGAAGGCUUGUCUCACCAAACCUGCCUUCCUCGACUUCCUCAAGAAGAGACAGAUGGCGAGCGCCGACCGGGUCACGCUCUACGGGCUGAUGGUGAAGCCCAUCCAGAGGUUCCCCCAGUUCAUCCUGCUCCUGCAGGACAUGCUGAAAAACACCCCCAAGGGCCAUGCGGACCGCCUGUCCCUCCAGCUGGCCCUCACCGAGCUGGAGACGUUGGCAGAGAAGCUCAACGAGCAGAAGCGCUUGGCCGACCAAGUCGCCGAAAUCCAGCAGCUCAGCAAGAGCAUCAGUGACCGCAGCAGCCUCAACAAGCUGCUGAGCUCGGGGCAGCGGCAGCUCCUGCUCUGCGAGACGCUGACAGAGACGGUGUACGGCGACCGGGGGCAGCUCAUCAAGUCGAAGGAACGGAAGGUUUUCCUCCUCAACGACAUGCUGGUCUGCGCCAACAUCAACUUCAAGCCAGUGAACCCAGGAGGCCAGCUGGAAAUUAGCAGCCUGGUGCCCCUGGGUCCCAAAUACGUGGUGAAGUGGAGCACGGCCCUCCCACAGGUACAGGUGGUGGAGGUGGGGCAGGAGAGCGGCGCCUACGACAAGGACAACGUCGUCAUCCACAACGCUGGUGCCAAGAAGCACGUGCCGGCCGGGCAGGCUUCACACAAUAAAGUCUACCUGGGGCCACCGCGGCUCUUCCAGGAGCUGCAGGACCUGCAGAAGGACCUGGCGGUGGUGGAGCAGAUCACCCUUCUCAUCAGCACCUUGCAUGGCACCUACCAGAACCUGAACAUGACGGUGGCCCAGGACUGGUGCUUGGCCCUGCAGAGGAUGAUGAAGGUGAAGGAGGAGGAGAUCCACUCCGCCAACAAGUGCCGCCUCCGUCUCCUGCUGCCCGGGAAGCCAGACAAGUCUGGCCGCCCCAUCAGCGUCAUGGUGGUCUUCAUCACUCCAAACCCCCUGAGCAAGAUCUCCUGGGUGAACCGCCUGCACUUGGCCAAGAUAGGACUGCGGGAGGAGAACCAGCCGGGCUGGCUCUGUCCCGACGAAGACAAGAAGAGCAAAGCUCCGUUCUGGUGCCCCAUACUCUCCUGCCACAUGCCCGCCUUCUCCUCCAAGGCCCUCGAUCUGCAGCUUGGCACCGCGGUGCACAACCCUGUGCAGUCCUCACUGCUGGGCUUCUCCGCCGUCAGCACCUCGCUGCCGCAGGGCUACCUCUGGGUUGGGGGGGGCCAGGAAGGCGCAGGGGGGCAGGUGGAGAUCUUCUCCCUCAACCGUGCCGUGCCACGGACAGUGAAGUCCUUCCCAGUGGCUUCGCCGGUGCUGUGCAUGGAGUACAUCCCCGAGGCGGGCGAGGGGGAACUGGCGGGCACCCAGGAGCCCCAACCGACCACCGAACAGCCCCCCACGUCCCUGCAUCCCACCGUGUGCUUGGGGUUGCGGGAUGGCAGCAUCGCGGUCUACGGCAGCGUGGACACGGGGACGCAGUGCUUGUUGACCUGCAAAAGCCCGGGCAUGCAACCCGUCCUCUGCUUGAAGCACAGCCCCGAGUACCUGUUUGCGGGGUUGCAGGAUGGGACCGUGGCCGCCUACCCCAGAAGCAACGGGGGGCUGUGGGACCUGGCAGAGCAGCCCACCCGCCUGGCCGUGGGUACCGGCCCCGUGCGAGCCCUCCUGACGCUGGAUGAGACCCUCUGGGCCAGCUGCGCCAACCAGGUCACCGUCCUCGAUGCCACCAGCCUCCGCGCCCAGCAAACCUUUGAGGCCCACCCGGACACGGAGGCCAGCGUCACGCACAUGAUCAAGGCGGGCAGCGGGGUCUGGAUGGCCUUUUCCUCGGGCUCCUCCAUCCGCCUCUUCCACACCGAGACGCUGGAGCAUCUGCAGGAGAUCAACAUCGCCACCAGGACCACCUUCGUCCUGCCGGGUCAAAAACACGUCCGGGUCACCAGCCUCCUCAUCUGCCAGGGUUCGCUCUGGGUGGGCACCGACCAGGGCAUCAUCGUGCUGCUGCCCGUGCCCCGCUUGGAGGGCAUCCCCAAAAUCACCGGAAAAGGCAUGGUGUCCCUCAACGGGCACGGUGGCCCCGUGGAGUUUUUGGCGGUGGCGUUGAGCACCCUGGCCCCCGACGUGCUAAAGGGCGACCAGGAGGAGGAAGAGGAGGGUGAGGAAGAGAAAACCCCCGAGCUGGAUGGCCCCCCGCCUCGGGAAAUGAGAAAAAAAGGGAUUUUAUUGCAAUAUCGCCUCCGAUCCACCUCCCACCUCCCCGGGCAGCUGCUGUCGGUGCGGGAAGCGCCGGUCGGCGGCACGCCGGCACACACCGAGGAGGACGGCUCCAUCUACGAGAUGGCCGAUGACCCCGACGUCUGGGUGCGGAGCCGACCCUGCGCCCGCGAGACCCCACGCAAGGAGAUCUCCUCGGUGGCCAUCAUUUCGGGGGGUCGGGGUUACCGUAACUUCAACGCCGAAUCGCCGCGCCGGGGUGGUGAUGCCGACAGCACCCUGCUCAUCUGGCAGGUCCCGUUGACGCUAUAGCACCCCGGGACCCCCCCCACC